UUACAUUACUGUUCAUAUUCCCCCUUUGCAUUAACUAUCUCAAAAAAAAAAACAAAAAAAACCAUCUAAAUUUAUAAAGAAAAAGAAAAAGAAAAAGUUGGGUGUGACAGAACGCACGCGAGCGAUCUCACAAAAAAAAAAAUUGUGUUUGCGAUAGAUAGAGAAAGAGAAUGGCCGGAACGGCGGUGACACCUUCACCGGCGGCGGGGUCGAUGACGGGGCUGAAUAUAGGGGCUAAUGUAUCGGCGUCGUUCGUGAACUCGUUCCGAGUCGCCGCCGUGGCUGAACGAUUGGCCACCCACGUGCAACCCGAUUUCGUAUCCGACGACGUUGAGUUCUUCAAUCUCUGCCUAUCCCUCGCCAGAGGUAUAGAUUAUGCAGUUGCAAACAAUGAGGUCCCGCCCAAAGCUCAAGAUUUACCUCUAUUGUUGAAGCAGGUAUGCCAACGUAAAAAUAGUCUCCUUUUACAGGCACCCAUCAUGGUUCUUAUGAUCUCUGUAAAGAAUGCUUGUAAGAUUGGGUGGUUUUCAAAAAAGGAGACUGAAGAACUUUUUGCUCUUGCUAAUGAGUUGGGUAGCAGCUUCUGCAGUCCAGGAGAUAUUAACACAGGAGAUAGUGGUUCUCUCUCUUCUGUUAGCAAAAUUAUGGAGAGGUUCUACCCACGAAUGAAGAUGGGCCAGACACUGGCUUCUCUUGAAGUCCAGGCUGGAUAUGGGGCAUAUGUGAUUGAUUUCCAUAUUUCAAAGAAUACAGCACAUUCUCCUCAAGAAAAAAUUUGGUUAUUUGUAGCACAAACAGAUAGCAUAGAGACAUCUGCAUGUAUUAUAAGUCCCCCCCAAGUGAACUUUCUUCUGAAUGGGAAGGGAGUAGAGAGGAGGACUAAUGUUCAUGUGGAUGCUGGACCACAGCUACCAACAAAUGUGACUCAUAUGCUUAAAUAUGGGACAAAUCUUCUACAAGCCGUGGGCCAGUUCAAUGGUCGUUAUGUUAUAUUUGUUGCCUUCAUGAGUGUGAUGUCAUCACUUGACACUCCAGUGCUACUUGAUUACGUGCAGCCUGCUGUAUCUACAGUUGAUUCUGAUUCUGACAUAAUUGAGGGGCCAUCGCGAAUAUCACUGAAUUGUCCAAUAAGUUAUUCACGUAUCGGGACUCCUGUCAAAGGACAUUCAUGCAAGCACCUUCAGUGUUUCGACUUUGGUAACUUUGUUGAUAUAAAUUCAAGAAGACCAUCCUGGCGCUGCCCACAUUGUAAUCAGUAUGUCUGCUACUUGGAUAUUCGUCUUGAUCAGAAUAUGGUUAAGGUCUUGAGAGAGGUGGGAGAGAAUGUCAGUGAAGUGAUUAUCUCCGCAGAUGGAUCAUGGAAGGCUGUACUGGAAAGUGAUGAUCAUGUACAUCCGUCACGAGAAAAGACCCUAAAGUGCCAGAAUGAAAAGACUGAGCAACAAGAAUCUACCAGCGUCUCAAAUUCCCUUCCAAAUGUUUUGGAUCUUACUGAGGAUAAUGAUGAGAUGGAAGUAGUUAGCGCUGGGGAAACUGAAGACAGGAAACCUAUACUGGCUAGUCUUCCAGUUGCUUCAAAUUUAACUUUGCUGCCAGAUUCAAACACUACAAGUGGGGUUAAUCAAAAUUCUUCUUCUCAAUUAGAGGAAUAUUGGUCUGGUGUUUUGAAUUCUGUGUCGACCUCCAGUGCUUGGUCUCAAAGAGUUGGUGGUAUCUCUGAGCCUAUCCCUGCCAAUCUUAUGCAGUCUCCUUUGUUGACUGAUGCUGUAUCUCCUGCACUUAAUCUAGAACUUGAGGGUCAUGGGAAUACUAAUUUCACCACCUCUCUAAUACAAAGUCAAAGUUCUCCCAAUAAUUUUCAGUUGCAACAGUCACAACAUGCACAUUCCUUCAACGAGUAUGGGAGGUUUCCUAACUUGCCUUUUAUACCCAGACAUGUGAGCAGGACUCCAAUAGCAGUUCAGGCCCUGCCAGCUCAGUCACAGACACCAAAUCCACAAGAAAGACCAAGAAGUAGUUUGACUCCAAAUGGUUCCUUGAUUUCUCCUCAGGUUGCCCUUCCUAUGGCACCCACAGCAGAUGCUUUCAAUACAAUAUGUAGUGAUAUGGAAAGGCAACAGCACUUUAGAGCACAUAUGAAUCCACUUCAGGUGUCAGAUAUUCCUUCAUCUUUAUUGCAGCGUCCCUCAGUGAUACAGCAAGCUUUUAACCCAAGGAUGCCCCAGUCUGUGGGUCAAUCUUCAAGCCCUAUUCCACCAUCUUCGCACCCCUCGCGGACCCAAGUUCAGCAAGGUGGUGGACAAGUUGGAAUCAGUCACAGAGCAGGAACUACUGGUAGCCAACCAGCUAGAUAUUUGGCUAAUCAGAACCGAUAUCAUCCCCAGAACAGUAGACAGGCACCAUCUGUUCCACUUCUAAAUCAAACGUCCAGAACAGGGCAGUCCCUUCCAGUGAGUGCUGAUGGCUUAAGGGCAUCCACAGGGGAGCAAAGAGGGAACAUGGGAGGGAUGUCACAAGCAGUUCCAAGGGCUGAUGGUUUGCUGGAUUCAACAUCAGAGCAGAAUUGGCGGCCUUCUGGUCGAAUGCGUGGAAGCUUGUCAGGUCGGGCUUAUUCUGAUGCUCUUAGUCAAUUCAUGAUUCAGCCAACCCAGACAGCUCAAACUGCGAGACCACCACCAAAUUCGACUCCUCCAGCAUCUAAUGUUUUACCACAACUGCAGGCAUUGAUCGCAAAAACAGAAAUGCCCGCAGUCCUCAAACGUCUAAUAUCCAAUGACACAGCCCAAGUAUUUGGCCUGAGCAUUUUAUAGACAUGCAUUUAUGUUAGCUUAAUGGGAGCUGUACAUAAUAUAAUAUGCCAUGACCAAUUUUGUAUUCCAUGGUUACCUUGUAAAGUUAAUUGGUGAGUCAAAUGCUGGUUAUGGUCGGUCUGUAUAGAGAUGAAUAUUCAGGGUUUUUAGUUGGUAAAUGAGGGUUGGAUUUAGGGACUGACUGUAGCUUCUGAAUAUAUCUUUGGUUGAGAGAAGGAAGAGAGUUGGGAGGCGGGGGAAGGUAUCUAUUUACGUUGUCUUGAUAUUUUACAAUGCUAUAUUGCUGUUUAACUUUACAUUUCAAUACAUUGCGUCAGUGUUUUCUUUCU